AUGAAUGAGAAAGGAUUGAUGUUUUAUGAUUUUGAAUGUAUAUUGAAAUAUUUAAUCACUAUUUAUUUAUUUGUUUUGAUGAGAAGAUUGUUUUUGUUCAUAAAUUUGUAUAUCACAAUGGAGUUAUUGAUUUGCAGGGAUGAGAUGGGACUCACGUUGCAAAUUGACAAAUCUGUUUAGAUACCGCAAUACAAUUGUACUCUGAAUGUGAGCAACGAGAAAUUAAUGAAUAUGACAUCUUCUGGGGGCUAACUUAAAGUAAUUGGAACUGAAUUGCUAUUGACUUAAACUGUAAUCCUGGCUGGAUUCAAGGUUGUUGAGUUCUAGAACAUCACUAUAGACACAUUAACUGACACAAUAGACAUCAUAGGUCCAGUUCUGCUUUCGAAUGUGAUUCUCCUGAGGAAUUGUUAAAUAAGAAGCACCACCAUGUAGAUUCGAGGGUCUUAGAUGAUAGGGAUGACCUAUUAAAACACGUCAGCAUUUCAAUCUCCCAUGGAGAUCGACGGACUCUACAUUUCAGAUUGCACUUUUUUCAGAAGCUAACUAAGUUCCCAGAUGAUCCAACUAAGAAACGUCAUUAUUGAUUAAGUGAGUUUUAUCAAUUCCACUCUCUCCCCGCAAACCUAAGUGAACAGAUUAACUCUCAAUAAUUCAUUUGUGGUUUAAAGCAUUUUGAUUGAGACAGAUAUAUCGCAAGAAGUCACAUUCCAAAAUACCUACCUCACUCUCUCGACUGGAAUUCUGGCCAAGGGAGCUCUCUACACCACCGUGCUCAACGUGACUCUCUCUCAAAGUGUUUUGAUACAACUUCAAAGUGAAAACUAAAUCAAGCUCUCAAGUUUGAAAAUCAACAGAGUGAUAUCAGACUCGCAAGUGAUCGUAGCCUCAAGUCAAUAUGUCUAUUUGUAUAAUAGUACAAUAACUGAAGUGGAGAGCAAGGCGUUCUUCAACAUGGAUAGUCAGAAUAUCUUUCUUCAGUAAAUAAUAAUUUCCUCUUUGGUUGGACCCCUGUUGGUAUCAAAAUGCGAUCAAACCAACGUGAUGCUUAAUUACUUCACCAUUUCCAAUAGUCAUCAAAGAGGCCUCUUUCAAAUUAAGGGAGCCUUCUCACUCUCUAAAGGCAAUUUCAAUUCCAUGUUUGGCCUAAUAAUCAAUUCCCAAACGAUCACGGAAUUAAAUGUUGAUUAGGUGGAAUUCAAAUAAAUUAACAAUUCGAUCCUGAUCAACCUAAAAGAAUCUUCUCUUACUUAACUAACUAAUGUUCUCAUAGAAGACUGUUCCUCAAUUCAGAUAGCAAAACUAGAAACUGUUGUGUAUUUGAUGAUCCGCAAUCUCACAAUCAACAAUUGCAAUGAAUGCAAUUUCUUGACUUUGAACGCAUCUUAGGCCGAUCUCACUCACAUCAAAAUGUUUCAAAUUAGCAACUUUCUUACCCCUCUAAUUUAGGCGUUAGAAAGUGAUAUAAAUGCCAAAGGGUUGUAUUUGAAUACUAUCACUUUUAAUAAUAAGGAGUUGAUAACUACACAGAAUUGCUCAAAACUAGUAUUAACCGACCUACAAUUUACAAACAUCGAUUGUCCUUAGUGUAAUGGUAUCAUAGUGAUCAGAUAGAGCACUCACAUCGAGAUAUUCAAGUCAACAUUCAAGAAUACUCAAAGCUUCUCUGGAUUUAUAAGUGUCCAAGAUUCGAACAAUUUUAUAGCUUACAAUAGCACUUUCACCAAUAUUUCUGCCAAUCAGGGUUCUGCCUAUGUAAUAUCCAAUACAGCGAUUAAGAUCUAUGGAAAUCAAUUCAUCGACCUCACAUCUCCAGAGGGAGGAGUGAUCUACUUGAACCAAUCAUCAGGAUUAUCCCAUUACAUUCAAUAGAAUCUGUUCAACAAUUGCUCAAUGAAGACUGACAAGCACAUCUUCAUGCUCACUAGCGAGAUAGUGGAACCUGACAUCUUAACCUAUGUAACCGGCCCUGUGUAUCUGGUUGUCAAUAACGAUAGUUAUCUAUUCGAUAAUCUGAUCAAAAGAAAGGACAUCAUACAUAAGGAGAAUUAUAAGAGUGGAUAGACAUUGGAAUUGAAGAUAGCCAUCUUGGAUAGUGGAAGGAAUAGGAUAUGCGAUUUUAAGAACUACCUAGCCAUAGAAGAGAAGAUAUUUGAGUUUGAUGAAUUGGAAUGCCAAUAUGAAGUGUUCUAUACACAUUAUCAACAACAACCGAAGAAUGAGACAAUCCAAGUUCUACUUGAAUUUCAAUCGCUUACGUUCUACAAUGAUACUUUUAAAUUACCAAUAUACUUAAGUCUGAUUCAAUGUGAGAUUGGAGAGGAAUGGGAAAAUCAGUCCUGUCUUAAAUGUCCAGCUGGAUCAUACAGUUUAGACAAUUUCAACCAUUGCUAAUAGUGUAUCACCUCAAUAGAGUCAUGUCCUGGAGGUUCAGAAUUAGUAUUGAAAUAAGGAUAUUGGAGAGCCAAUAAGACUACUGACAGUAUUGAGUAUUGCCAGUCAUCGGUGUCUCAGUGUUUAGGUGGAUCUGAGGAAUUCACUUGUAGUUAGGGUUACACUGGAGCAUUGUGUGAUGAUUGCGAUUAUUAUGCAGAACAUUGGAACAAUUCAUACACUCGUGGUUUUGGAGGGAAUUGCACACUAUGUCAGAAUGAUGUCUUCAACAUCUUCAAGAUAAUUCUCUCUUUCUCUUGGAUCCUCAUUGCUUUAUUCAUAUCCAUUAGAGGGAGUUUAAGAUUGGUAAGAGCAUAACUGUCUGCUCAUUAUCUCAGAAUGAUGGGCAUAUUCUUUGCCACCAGAUCUACCAUGGUGAUCGAUCAAACUGAAAUCCUAAUUAAGCUAUUCUCCAGUUACUUCCAAUUGAUAUCAAUCGUUUAAGUCAUUGACUUUGAUUUCCCCACUCCAAUAGAAGUGAUUGCAUAAGCGAUUGGCAAUCCCCUAUCCACUUUGGGAUACUCAAUAGAAUGUUUCUUAUUGAAUUCGUAAUUGCAAAUUGAAAUUGUGUACUUGAGACAAUUCUGGAACUUGUUUGUGUCCUUGUUGUUUGUGUUUUCAUUUGUGUUCAUCUACUCUCUGAUUCAAUUGUGCAAACAAAGUCAAAUGGAGAACUCAAUCAAAACCAUCUUCAUAUCUUGUCUCAUCCAAGUGAACUUUUAUUUCCAAGGCGAUAUCAUCGAGGGUCUCCUGCAGUUGAUGUUCUGCAUCAAAGCCUCUGGACAAUAUUACAUCCUGGCAGCCACAUCUUACAUGUGUUACACUGAGGAAUACUACCUUUACCUGAAGAUACUCAUCAUCCCCACAUUGAUUUUGGUAGGAAUAGUGUCUCCCCUCUUUUACAUCAUCAAGCUCUACAGGAACAAGAACAAACUGUGGACUUGCCAAUUGCGUAUGCCUUACGGGUACUUGUAUGUGGAAUACAAGGACAAUUACUACUACUGGGAGUUCGUGUGUUUCUUCAUCAAGUCACUAUUUUACCUACUGGAAACUCUGUUGAUCCAAGACAUCAAACUGAUGUUCCUGUUCGCCAUACUUAUUCUGCUGGUCUACUUAGAAUUGCUGAACAAGCAUCACCCCUACAUUGAGAAACAGUACAAUUUUAUUGAUAAGAUCUCCACUCAAUUGGCAAUGGUCACUUUGAUUCUGUCAUAUAGUUAAGACAAGAACCCCUACACUUCAUUGGUGUACAUCCUAUCAAUAUUGUGUUCAGUGCUCAAUUUGCUCUAUUGUACUUACAUAUUUUCCAAGAUCAUCAGGGAAUACUUGUCGAGUCUAAAACAACAACACAUCGAGAGAAUUGUGAAUCUUAUUAUUCGUUACCCUUGCAUUAAAUACUGCAUUAAAAAACCCAAGAAUUAUUACAACAGGAGAAAGGCUUGUUUGUUGUGGAAGAAAGUCAGAGUGUAUGUGAUGGAGUUUAUCGAGAAGCUGAAAUUGCAGAAAUCGAACAACAACCUCAAUUAAGAUUACUAGUUACAAUCGAGCACACACAGACCAAACACUUCAUCAACCAACACUACCAUCAGUCUCCUUAAUUCAAUGGCACCUCAAUUAUUAAAAUACAUAAAACACAACAGGAACAGUUCCAGAGUGCAACCAGAAACAGACAGUCGAUCAUCCAAAAAGAACUUAGAUCAAAAUGACUUCAACAGCGUGGUUUCAGCAUACAUUGAUCCAAACAAUAGUGUCGAUGCCGAAACACCCUAGCUUCCCAAGAAGAGUACUGUCUCAAGCAUUUUUUCUUAUGUAGUCAAUAAUCAUGGGUAAACCCCAUUGUGA